AUGAGUGACAAUGACUUUGAGGAAACUACAGGCAAUGUAGUAUUGUUCAUAAACGAGGCUAACCUAGCAAACAGUCCUCAAGUCGAAAUCAAAGCAAAAGAGUGCAGAUUCACCGCCAUUCUAGAUUCCGGCAGUGAAGUAAACCUUUUGUCGGAACGAGCCUACGAGAAAUUAAUCGGGACAGGUUUAACGAUCCCCACACUACCAGUUGAGGGAGUGGUUCUCGUAACAGCGUUCGGCAAGCGAUCUAAGCGGAUUCGUCGGCAGGCCUUAGUAGAAUUUUCUAUAGGCCAAGAUGUGUUCGAGACCAUCUUCCUAGUUUCACCCCAGCUGAACAAUGAUGCCAUUUUAGGUUGCCAAUUCUUGAGAGAGCAUGGAGUUACCAUCGACUUCAGCUCGGACAUGUUCAGCUAUGUCCGUGACGGCGAGACCAGACGACGGACAUUCGCUACCAGAGCCAUAGUGCAAGGCGCUUGUAGAGGAGACAAGUCAACAGGUCAACGACCCAACCCUCAAUCAGCUGACUAUGACACAACCCCUCCCCUUUCCAGAGCAGCUGACUGCUGCAGUAGAUCCCAGACCCAACCAACCGUAAGAGGCAGUGAGCCAACCCAAGGCGCUAGGCCCGGUCUUUGGAUCGAACCAGGACCACUUGACCCGGAGAGGAACCAGGAGUUCCCGGAUCCUGACCCAAAGAGGUGUCAGUUGAACUCCCGUGGAGAGUGUGUUCCAGCGAGUGUGGCAGCUUGCAAAGGCCGCCCCCGCAGCAGAGCUACUGCUAGCCUGGAAGCCCCACCCACUACUGAAUUAGAAUUGAAUUCGGUAGGGAUCGCCCUGCUACACGGUCAACCCAUCCCAGACCCCAAAACCCCUUUCCCAGACCCCCGGUCGUUGCAAGCGGCAGACCUGCGCUCCUUAGUAGAGCAAGUGGAUAGUUUGUCCACGGCUGAACAAGAUGCCCUGUACCAGGUUCUACUCCGGUACAGAGAGCACCUGACAACGCGUCCUGGGAAGUGCAAACUUUUCACCUACCGAUUUCAGGUAGAUGCCGACCGGCCUAUAAUAGGUCAUUCGAGGCCGAUUCCGUACGCCCUGCGGCCAGCUGUUAGAGAACAGAUACAGCAGAUGCUUGAUGAUGACGUCAUUGAGUUAAGCUCCUCCCCGAUCCUUAACCCAUUAACGGUAGUGAAGAAGGCAAGCGGUGACAUACGCAUAUGCGUUGAUGCACGUCGAGUGAACCAAUAUACUAUCCCAGAUCAUGAGAGGACCCCACCCAUGAAUGAGCUCUUACAAAGAUUCCAUGGAGCAAAAUAUUUCACGUCCCUUGACCUGACUUCUGCUUAUUUACAGAUAGAGCUACAUGAAGACUCUAGAAAGUACACGGCAUUUAUGUCCGAAUCCACGGUUUACCAAUACAAACGAGUUCCGUAUGGAUUUCGGAACUCACUACCGGCGUUUAUAAGGGCCAUAAAAGCAACACUGGGUGGAACCGACUUGGAAAAUGUGGUAUCAUACGUGGACGACAUUUUACUUCAUUCCCCUACCAUGGAAGANGAAGAUAUCUUAUCUGACAAAAUUUUGAAAGCCUACGCUCGAAUGAAAUUACGAGCCGACCGACGAAACGAAAGACGGAAGACUGGGAGGACCAAAUGA